GUAUAAAGUAAAAGCAUCCAUGCUCUGAUCCUUGAAGUGCACAAUCAGUGGGACAUCUCUUUUGACUUUGUAGAGCAGUUUAUGCUUAUUUCUUGUUUUUCAAGAGUCUUCAGAAAAAAAAUCUCAGUUGAAUAAAUCCAGCACAUUUGGUUGGAUAAUUAAGAUAUGAGAAAUCAUAUGCCUACCUUUCCAUAAGCCUUCCAUUAUGAAAAAUCAGUAAAGCAAAAAUACAGUGAUAGAAAACCAGAACUAGAAAAAACCUCCACUUUUCCUUAGUAUUCAUGUUGUCUGAAAUAAAGCAAAAUGAACUUUACAGGCAUUGAUUGAUAUAGGGAGGGAGGUCAGAAGUUUUGGGGAAAAGCAGGCACAGUAAAACAUAGUUCUUGUGCCUUAAUCACCUAUGUUUACAUCUCCUUAUUUAUUAUUUUACUUGGGAAAAUUACUUAAAUUCCUUUCUACCUUAAUUUCCUUACCUAUAAUAUUCUUGGAACAGUGACAUGCUAAGCAACCAAAUGUCAUUCCAAGCAAGGAAUAGUAAAUAAAAAUGUUUUUCAGUAGUCAUGAAUUACUAAUAUAAGAUAUAUGAAAUUCCAUUGAUAGUCUUAUUUAGAUUGCUCUAUUUGAUGUUUUAUUUCAAACUAAAAGGUAUCUAAAAGGAUUUUUUAGGAUCUUUUAUGACCUGCAGUCCCACUUACUCUGUUUUUCCCAUAAGGUCUUAAAAGAUUUCAGCUACAAUUUCUCCUUCCACAGUGUUUUUCAGGAACAUAACUUUCAGAUGAGGAAGUAAUGCUGAACCUAACAAUAAAAGUAGAUGUACAGUGCAACUGUCAUGGAUGCACUGGUAGAAGAUGAUAUCUGCAUUCUGAAUCAUGAAAAAGCACAUAGGAGAGACACAGUGACUCCAAUCUCAAUAUAUUCAGGAGAUGAGUCUGUUGCUUCACAUUUUGCCCUUGUCACUGCAUAUGAAGACAUCAAAAAACGACUUAAGGAUUCAGAGAAAGAGAACUCAUUCUUAAAGAAAAGAAUAAGAUUUUUGGAAGAAAAGCUUAUAGGAGCUCGAUUAGAUGAAGAAACAAAUUCUGUGGGACGUGAACAAGUAAAUAAGGCCUAUCAUGCAUAUCGAGAGGUUUGCAUUGAUAGAGAUAAUUUGAAAAGCAAAUUGGAUAAAAUGAAUAAAGACAACUCUGAAUCUUUGAAAAUGUUGAAUGAACAGCUACAAUCUAAAGAAGUAGAACUGCUCCAGCUAAGGACAGAGGUGGAGACUCAGCAGGUGAUAAGGAAUUUAAAUCCACCUUCAUCAAACUGGGAGGUGGAAAAGUUGAGCUGUGACCUGAAGAUCCAUGGUUUGGAACAAGAGCUGGAACUGAUGAGGAAAGAAUGUAAUGACCUCAAAAUACAGCUACAAAAAGCCAAACAAAUGGAUCCAUCUCAGGAAGACAAUCUGAAGAGCAAUGAUCUCCAAAGACUGAGCAUUUCAAGUGAUAAUAUGCAAAAUGCAUACUGGGAACUGAAGAGAGAAAUGUCUAAUUUACAUUUGGUGACUCAAGUACAAGCUGAACUACUAAGAAAACUGAAAACCCCAACUACAAUCAAGAAAGCCUGUGCCCCAGUAGGAUGCACGGAAGACCUUGGGAAAGACAGCACAAAACUGCACUUGGCGAAUUUUACUGCAACAUACAAAAGACAUUCCCCUCUCUCACCGAAUGGCAAAAGUGUUUGCCAUACCACAUCUUCCCCUUUACCAGGAGAUAUAAAGGUUUUAUCAGAGAAAGCAAUUCUCCAAUCAUGGACAGAUAAUGAGCGAUCCAUUCUUCAUGAUGGUCCUAACUUUCAGGAACACAGCUCUUAUGGCAGAAAUUCUCUGGAAGAUAAUUCUUGGGUAUUCCCAAGCCCUCCUAAAUCAAGUGAGACAGCAUUUGGGGAAACUAAAAAUAAAACUUUGCCUUUACCCACUUUGCCACCACUGCAUUACUCGGAUCAACAUAAUCAAAACUGUCUUUUUAAGAAUUAAUUCUGAAGAGAUUAAUGAUUUGGUCAUGAGGUUACUGUAUCUCCCUCAGUGGCACUCUCAAGAAGUUAUUUAACAAACUGAAACCAGAUUUCGAUUAAACUUUGCAGAGUUCUUCGGUAUAUAUGUUUGUACAUACUGUUCCACAUUAUGUAGUUGAUUUCCCAGUAUGAAAGAGCACCGUCCAACUCUACGUUCCGGCUAAGAAUCAGACAUAUGCUGCUUACUAAUAAAUAAACUUAAGGUGUUUUAAAGAGACAAUUUUACCUUUGAUAGUAAUUGUAAAUAACAGCCUCACAUAAAGAAUGGAAUUAAAAUUUCUUGGACAUGGUUUUAUAAAGCAUGUGAAAUACGUAAAUAUCCAUUCGUAAAAAUAAGAGGCCAUUAAUAUGAGACAAAUUAUAAGUUGCUUUAAGUUGCAAAAAAGAGCAAAUGGCAAAAGAGUAAGUCAUGUUUCUGUUGACCUUCUACUGAAUAAAGACAAAAAGUGUUAUGGUUAAAUAAUAGCAUCUCUUAUAGGUUAUUCCAUCUCCGUAUGCUAUUGUGUUUUCAAAGUUUAAGACUUUAAAUCACAGUGUUAAGACUUGAAAUAACCUGAUCCUUGAAGCCAACUUUGUCCUCAAAUCCUAACUGAAAAGUGAAAAUGUGUGUGAACUAUUAUAAUUCUAUAGUUUUCAAUGAGAAAUAGAAAGAGCACCACAAAGGUUUUAGUCUAAAUCUGUGCCAUCAGUGGUCCAUAAUGAAAAUCUAAGUAUGUAACUGGAUAAAGUCAUUUUCAUCAGGGUCUGUACCUGCUAGUUAUGUAGAGCAAUUUAUAAAUUGUUAGUUUAUUGGAAAUGUAACAUUUUACUCAUUGAGAUAGUGAUAUUUCCUUAACCAAAUUAGGAACUGUAAUUCUAUAAACCAAAUUCUGUGCUGUAUUGAUAUAGUACAAUCAUGAAAUGUCCCCAGACUUUUUGAUUCUAAGUGGCCUAUCAUUUAUAAACAAGCAUAUAACAAGGAUGGUUUCACACAGAAAUCUAUCUAAAUUCUUACAGGGUGGUGGAAUUAACAUAUUAGUAAUAUAAUGUAUUAGUUGGCUUAUACAUCUUUUGCCUGAGAUAAAGUGUUUCACGUAGGAGGCCUUUAUCCUUUUUGAUAGUUUCAAAUAUCUUGAACUCAAAAGAGUAUCUCAGAUCUCUAAUAUAUUAACUGAAUAGCAUACAUACACAAACAAUGUUCACCGUUCAUCAGAUAUUUUUGUCUUUCUAUUAUCUUACUCACUU